GAUGCUCUUGCAUGCAGGUCCUUUCUUUUCUUUUCUUAUUUUUUCUCAUUUUUAUUACGUUCUGGGGUUCCGGUGAUGUAAUGCCACGAUCUUGUUUGGGUUACUGUGUUAUUCUAAAUAAAAUUGGCAUCUUUUGUGUUUUUUUAAUCUUAAAGCAAAUGAAGCUGGUAGUUUUAAUGGGAGCAAACUGUGGGUGAAUCUUUCUGGAUUUGAGUUUUUGGUUUAGGGAAUUGGUCUAUGGCGGCUAGAGCUAUGCCCUUUCUUGGUGCAUGCAGUAGAUUUGUUCACCUUUCGUUCUGAAAAUGAUUAUAGGUGUUUGAUUGAUGGGAAGAUAUUGAAGAUUUGUUUCAGCAGCAUUUAGGGCUAAGUUUUAGAGUCUUUAUAUUGGAAUGAUUAAAUCAACAUAGGGUUAGAUGAAUGGGGAUCGAGACAAUGGGGUCUCAAGGUGUAGGCAAUAGUAAUGGAAAACAGUCGCAAUUGCAGCCAUUGGCGCGGCAAAACUCAAUGUACAGUCUUACACUUGAUGAGGUUCAAAAUCAGUUAGGUGACUUGGGGAAGCCACUUAGCAGUAUGAACCUCGAUGAGCUUCUAAAAAAUGUUUGGACUGCCGAGGUGCAUCAGUCCACGGGUAUGGACAUUGAGGGCACAGCACAGGCCAGUCAAACUGCCCUGCAGCGUCAGGCUAGCCUAUCAUUAACUAGUGCACUGAGCAAGAAGACGGUGGAUGAGGUUUGGAGAGAUAUUCAGCAAAGCAAAAAUAGUGAGGAAAAGAAGUCUCGGGAACGGCAGCCUACUUUGGGAGAGAUGACUUUGGAGGAUUUCUUGGUGAAGGCAGGGAUUGUGGCUGAAACAUCUACAGAGAAAUCCAGUGCUGGUCCUGUUGGUGUUGAUCAGAACACAGCCUUGCAAUUUCCACAGCAAGGUCAGUGGAUACAGUAUCAACAGCAACAAUAUCAGCAACCACAACAGAGCAUGAUGGGGGUUUAUAUGCCAGGCCAGCCUAUACCACAGCCACUGCACAUGGGGGCUGGUGCUGUGAUGGAUGUUCCAUAUCCGGAGAAUCAGGUAGCAUUAACUUCACCAUUGAUGGGAACCUUGUCGGACACACAAAUGCCUGGGAGGAAAAGAGGUGUCCCAGAAGACAUGAUUGAAAAGACUGUAGAGAGAAGGCAAAAGAGGAUGAUCAAGAACCGUGAAUCUGCUGCUCGCUCACGAGCAAGGAAGCAGGCUUACACUAAUGAACUGGAGAACAAAGUUUCGCGUCUGGAAGAGGAAAACGAAAGGCUCCGGAAACGGAAGGAGCUGGAGAAAAUGUUGCCAUCUGCACCACCUCCGGAGCCAAAGUAUCAGCUUCGCAGAACAUCUUCAGCCUCAUUCUGAUGGGGCUGAAGAUGAUGCUCCUUUUACACUGUAAGGUGGGGAUGUAGGCACUCACUCUCCUGAUCUCUCUCCGAAAGAAUUGGCUGUUGCGUAGCCGUGGACGGUUUACUUCUCCCUUUUAUGUGAUGAUGCUUGUAUUUGGUCCCUGUGAAAUCAUAAUUUUCACCACACCCCUUGUACCAUUUCACUAAUGAGUUUUUACAGAUGUUUGGUAUAUAGCCUCUUUCCCCCGGUUGCCAUUUAUUUUUUCAGUUUUUUUUUUCCCUAAUUUAAUAGAGUUCUCUUUUAUUUGACUUUUUAAUGUGAAAUGGGAUGCAUUACAAUUUUUAAUAGUUUGGGAAGUAAUUGUUGACUUUGCUAAUCUGGAAAUGAUUGCAAUUGUUUGGUAAA